AUGCAUAGAUCUGGUGGUGAGGCCUCGAAGGCGCCUCAUGAUUUGGAGCUUCGGGCUGCGGGGGGUUUGAAACCCACAUGCCAUAAUUUAAAGACCUAUGAUAAUAACCUUUUUGCCUCAGAGUUCAGGGCUGGAAACAUUGGGGGUUUGCGGAUUUCAAAGAUUAAUGGCUGCCUGGAGAAGUGCAGCGAGAGACCUAGGGUGAUUAUUCCUCCGGAGAUGAUAGCAGAAGAUGUUGAUUACUUUUCCAAACAUUCGUUAUACUGGUUCAACCCUUUGGAGGAACUCCCGAAUAGGGUCCCAGUGUGGGUCCGCUUACCGCGACUUCCGAUGGAAUGCUGUCAAGAGGAUGUGCUUCGGAUGCUCGCUUCAAUUCUUGGGAGGCCAAUUGGAGCAUCCUCGCAAACCCUGGGGAGAAGGGUAAUGACCUUCGCUCGCAUCUAUGUUGAGAUUGAUCUUAGUAAGCCUUUGCCAAAUGCUAUUGAAAUGUGUGCGGGUUCUUAUUCCUGGGUUCAACAACUAGAUUAUGAGACUUUACCUUUCCGGUGUCGCCUAUGUCAUGAGUCUAGUCACUUGCAGCGCAAGUGCCCUAGGUAUAAACCGAUGGUGCACCAAUCUCAACAGUCGACCCGUAACAUAGAUGGGGUUGAUAAAGGAAAAGCCACCAUGAUUGGGGAAGCUGUGGGUACUGAUGGUUUUGUCCCAGUUAAGACAAAGGACAGGAAUCAGGGACAAAAGAGGCCCUUACAGGUGAGACAGGAGGAUGAUACUUUCAACAGGUUUGAAGCCCUGGACGACCUCACCCAACAGGAGAUCUGGCUCGAGAGGAACAAGAGGAUAUUUCGUGAGGUCAGACUGAUGGUUCAACAGGUUGGGGCUGCAAGAACUAUCCCCUGGGAGGUGGUCCUCUUAUUUUUGAUUCAUAAAGGGUGGCAUUCUAAUAAUUUUAUGGAGGGCUUUGCUAUUCUCUAUGCCUUGGAGAGUGCCUGGGAGUUGGGUCGCAGAAAGGUUAUCUGUGAAUCAGACUCACAAAUUGUGGUGAACUUGUUGACAGAGCAAAAGGAUUUGGGGGCGAAUAAUGGUCUCUCUGGAUAUCUCUUCAAGGGAAUGUUGGUUACAGGCGUUUCAAAGGGCAAAAUUGAACAAAACUCAAUGAAAUUCUCAGAGAGUUUGUUCUGGACCUUGGUGGGAUUUGUGCUGUUGCUGCCGAUUUGUUGGGUAUCUUGCUGUAAAGAAAAUGAGAAAAAUUCUCUCUUGGAUUUUAAGCGAGCUCUUCACGACCCGUCCGGUCGACUGAAAACGUGGAAUAAUUCCACUGACUGCUGCCAGUGGAAAGGAAUCCAUUGUGAUAAUAUAACAAAGCACGUCGUUCGGCUGGAUCUCCACAAUCCUUUCAGCAACGAUCCGGCAAUGGCUUUGAGAAAUUCAACCAAUGAUGUUCAUUCUAAGAUGCAUCUCAAUUCACUUUUUGUUAAGAGUAAUAAAGAAGAAUGUCUGUCUCCACUGUUUGAUCUAAAGAUGCUACGAGUCUUGGAUCUGAGCUACAACGCUUUCAUUGGUGUUGGUGUCCCUACGCAACUCUACAGGCUGAAAUAUUUGCAGUAUUUGAACUUGUCAAAUGCCGGGUUUGUGGGAAAGAUGCGCAGGGAGUUGGGCAAUAUGUCCACGUUGCGCUACUUGGAUCUUUCCACUAAUUACUUCAUUUCCUCCUCCUCCAUCACAAUUGAGGACAUGCAGAUGUGGAUAGGAAACAUGGGAGAUUUAGAGGAGCUGCUGCUGGACGGAGUUAACAUGUCGCAAGUGACUAGCGAUGAAUGGGGCGAAGCUAUCUCCAGCAUGUACAGUCUCAGGCGUCUUCAAAUGUCCAACUGUAUGCUCUCUGGCCCAAUUCCCCCUUCCCUUGGAAAUCUUACCAGUCUAACCCACCUCCAACUUGGUGACAAUUCCUUCUUCUCGUCCAUACCUGCUCGCUUACACAACCUUUCCGACCUGGUUUCUCUCAAGCUUAGAAGCUGUGACCUCAAUGGUUCCAUCCCUUCUGAUCUGUUGAGCCUUCCAAACCUGCAAGAAGUUGACUUCUCUGCCAAUCUGGACUUGGGAGGGGAACUUUCAAGCAUUCUGCCGCCACACUCUGCGAGGCUAAACAGCCUUGUUCUUACUGCAACAAGUGUAGAAGGAGCUAUUCCAGAUUCAAUUGCCAACAUCUCCUCGCUAACUCUGCUGGAUAUCUCGGACUGCUUUGUCCAAGGUCAGCUUCCUCCAUCCAUUGCUAAUCUUACAGGACUUGUAAUGUUGGAUAUCUCAAGUAACGAAUUAGAAGGAAGUAUACCAUUGUUUGGCGCCAAGUCUUCAUUAGCCUAUAUCGAUCUUUCCUACAAUCAGUUGCAGGGUAAAAUACCCUCUAUGUUGUUCGGUGUAUUUGGGAAGCUCAGCUAUGUUGACUUGAGUCGGAAUCUAUUGACCGGUUCCAUUCCAUCCCUUGACAUGAAUCUUACCUCCCUUACAUCGCUUGAUCUGAGCUACAAUGAACUGUGCGGCAAAAUUCCUUCCUUGGCCAACAUGAAGUCCCUUGUUCGGCUCGAUCUGAGAAAUAACCACUUGAGUGGCAAAAUUCCAGCUUCCAUUGGUCAACUGCUUUCCCUCAAUACGCUUGAUCUAAGCAACAACGUGUUAACACAUGCCAUACCUCACAACAUUUCAAAGCUAUCUCGACUGAAGGUUCUUUCCCUAUCCUCUAAUCGGUUGAGCGGGAACCUUACAGAGUCCCACCUGCAUAAACUCUCCAGUCUGGCACAUCUAGAAAUUUCGAACAAUGUGUUAACUGUGAAAGUCAGUCCGACUUGGAUUCCCCAAAACUCGUUUAGCACACUGAAAUUAAGCUCAUGUAACAUGGAGGGUGAGUUGCCGGCCUUCUUAAUAACUCAAAUUGAAAUUUCCAAAUUGGAUCUGUCCGAAAAUAGAUUAUGGGGCAAUAUUCCUGCAUGGGUAUGGGAUUCCCUUCCUCUUGAACAGCUCAACCUGUCUUAUAACAAUUUUGCAGGCGCUUUGCCUUCUAAGCUAAUGGGGUCCAAAACAUUGAAGAUUCUGGACUUGCAUCACAACAACUUUCAAGGUCCACUUCCGCUUCCUCCUCCUUCAGUGGUUGUGCUGGAUAUGUCAGAAAAUCAGUUUUAUGCAUCCAUUCCAGCUGAAAUUGGCAAAUAUAAAUUUUUUUUUCUGUCUUUGUCUCACAACAAUCUCAGUGGUAGCAUUCCAUCUACAAUAUGUGAAGAGUUGUCUAUGGAGAUUCUGGAUUUUUCAUACAACAAUCUUACGGGUAAAAUUCCUUCAGUUUUUGUAAACUGCAGUGAGCUUGUGGUAUUGAAUUUGGAGAACAAUUCUUUAGAAGGACAGUUGCCAGCGGAGUUGGGAAACAUGACUUCGCUUCAAACACUGAAAAUCGGGGGAAAUCGUCUAAAUGGAACUCUGCCAACACUUGCAAAUUGUAAGCAGUUGCAGAUAUUAGAUGUGGGAGAUAACAGACUGACAGGGAAAAUUUCUUCAAAUUGGAUUCUAGAGCUUCCUAAUCUAAAGAUUUUGAUCUUAAGAUCAAACAGAUUCGAAGGAACUGUACCUGCUGAUGUAAGCAAGUUACCGCAUCUUCAAAUAUUAGAUCUUUCAAUGAACAGUUUUACAGGGGUCAUUCCGGACAACAUUUCAGAGAUGAAGGGCAUGUCAAAUGUCUCAGUGAAUACCGAAUUCUUUGAGUUUGGUUCGAUAAAUGUUUCAAAAUAUGUAGAGAAAAUAAUCAUCAGAAGCAAAGGUUUGGAGCUGGAGUACGUGAGAGUUUUGGGUUUGGUAAAAUGCCUUGAUCUAUCAAGUAAUAGAUUAUCUGGUCAUAUCCCUCAAGGCAUGGGAUCUCUGAUUGGUUUGAUCAUUCUUAAUAUUUCAAGAAAUCAUAUUGAUGGUGGUAUACCCAAGUCCUUGGGAAACAUGGCACAGCUAGAGUCCCUUGACCUCUCGCAAAACCAACUGUCUGGAGUAAUUCCUAGUGAAUUGCAACUUCUCACAUUCCUAAGUUACUUGAAUCUGUCAUACAAUAAUCUUACAGGAAUGAUACCGCAAGGGGCACAAUUCGCAACAUUUGAAGCCUCAUCCUUCUCACAUAAUCCAGGUCUGCACGGCUUACAACUGAACGAGUCAUGGUCGCCUUCGCCAAAGGAUGAAAGCAAGCCAAAGAUGAAAGAAGGGGUGAAUAAAAACAGGGCAAGAGAGAGAAAUGACAGUUUCAUUGUAUUGAUGGGGAUGAGCUUUGGAGUGGGCGCGGGCACAAUUGUAGCUCCAUUGUUGUUUCUGAAGAAACGGAGGGAAAAGUUCUUUGAUUUAUUAGACAGUAUAUUGAUUUGGGUUGUUGACUUGAUUCCUUGUGACAAGUGCAUUCCCUGUGACAAGUUGCAGAUAGCGAAAAUUUCUGACGGCGAAGACCAAGAGCAUUCCAAAGAAAGCAAGAAGAAAUUAAUACGCUUUUGCGUACGUUGUACACAAAUUGACAGAGAGACUAAAAGUAUACUUCAUACUAAAUGUAUAUGUCGACAAAAGUAG